AUGGUCAACUUGAAGUUGUUAUAUAUCUCAUCUCAGUUAGAGCUGAUAAAGAAGCAAAGAAUAAAGAUGGAUCUACUCCACUCAUUGUUGCAUCAAGAUAUCGUCAUCUUGAAGUUGUUAAAUUAUCGUAUCUCAGUUGGAGCCGAUAAAGAAGCAAAAGUUAAAAAUGGAAGAACAGCACUUGAUUAUUCGGGAGGAGCAGUAAGAAAAUAUUUAGAAUCAAUUGCAAAAAAGUAA